AUGACUCAGAACCGUCAACCAGAAUCAGAAAGUGAAUUCAUGAUGGCCAAGCGUCAGAAGUUGGCAACGUGGGACUCUGAAAAAGGACUGAAUGGUAGCCUGCAAGAACGACGUCUGGGAAGUGAUUUACAAGGACUGACACUGAAAGUGGUGACUGUCUUGGAAGAACCUUUUGUGAUGGUGGCGGAGAACAUACUUGGACAACCAAAACGUUACAAAGGAUUUUCCAUUGAUGUCUUGGAUGCACUGGCCAAGAAUCUGGGCUUCAAAUAUGAGAUAUAUCAAGCUCCUGAUGGGAAAUAUGGACACCAGCUUCAGAAUGGCUCCUGGAAUGGCAUGAUUGGAGAACUUAUUAACAAGAGAGCAGAUCUAGCAAUUUCUGCCAUCACUAUAACACCUGAACGAGAGAGCGUUGUGGACUUCAGCAAGCGGUACAUGGACUAUUCAGUGGGGAUCUUGAUCAAGAAGCCUGAAGAGAAAAUCAACAUCUUCUCUCUCUUUGCUCCUUUUGACUUUGCGGUGUGGGCUUGCAUUGCUGCUGCCAUCCCUAUAGUUGGUGUCCUGAUAUUUGUCUUGAACCGGAUCCAGGCAGUCAGGGCACAGAAUGCCUCCCAGCCAAGCCCCUCUGCCUCCUCCACCCUGCACAGUGCCAUCUGGGUUGUGUACGGCGCUUUUGUUCAGCAAGGAGGUGAAUCUACUGUCAAUUCUGUGGCUAUGCGCAUUGUGAUGGGAAGCUGGUGGCUCUUUACCCUUAUCGUGUGCUCAUCCUACACAGCGAACUUAGCAGCAUUUCUCACAGUAUCAAGGAUGGAUAAUCCCAUAAGCAAUUAUUACUGUUUAGUGAAGCAGUAUCUAACUGAAAGAAAACUGGAGAAGAAAAAAGAAAAAGAUGCCAAGCCAGAGCUGUAA